AGAAACCCUAGAGCUGCUUCCGUUUCGCUUCCUCAUCUCGCUUACCACUCUUAUCACGGCUACAAAGGCGAAUUUGGAGUGUACCUUUCGUGAGAGCUUGUCUUUGGCCUUUGUUUGGCUGAAACAUGUCGCAUUUUGCGAAACCGGAGAAUGCAUUGAAGCGUGCUGAUGAAUUGAUCAAUGUUGGACAGAAACAAGAUGCCCUUCAGGCGCUUCAUGAUCUCAUUACUUCCAAGAGAUACAGAGCAUGGCAGAAACCGCUUGAAAAGAUCAUGUUUAAGUAUCUUGAUCUUUGUGUUGACUUGAAGAGGGGUCGAUUCGCCAAGGAUGGAUUGAUCCAGUAUCGGAUUGUUUGCCAGCAAGUGAAUGUCAGUUCCUUGGAGGAAGUUAUCAAGCAUUUCCUACAUCUUGCUACCGAGAAAGCUGAGCAAGCUCGUUCUCAGGCGGAUGCUCUUGAGGAGGCCCUUGAUGUCGAUGACCUUGAAGCUGAUAGAAAGCCUGAGGAUUUACAGCUGAGUAUUGUCAGUGGGGAGAAGGGAAAAGAUAGAUCUGACCGCGAGUUGGUCACCCCAUGGUUCAAGUUCUUGUGGGAGACAUACAGGACAGUCCUUGAGAUAUUGCGAAACAACUCAAAGUUGGAAGCACUUUAUGCGAUGACAGCACAUAAAGCAUUCCAGUUCUGCAAGCAGUACAAGCGAACAACAGAGUUCCGUAGGCUUUGUGAAAUUAUAAGAAAUCAUUUGGCAAACCUGAACAAGUACAGAGACCAAAGGGACCGACCUGACUUGUCAGCCCCUGAGAGCUUGCAACUGUAUCUGGACACGAGAUUUGAUCAGUUGAAAGUUGCUACUGAGCUUGGACUUUGGCAGGAAGCUUUUCGCUCUGUUGAAGAUAUCUACGGAUUGAUGUGCAUGGUCAAAAAAACGCCCAAAUCAUCUUUAUUGAUGGUUUAUUAUUCCAAAUUGACUGAAAUCUUCUGGAUUUCUUCUAGCCAUCUUUAUCAUGCUUAUGCAUGGUUUAAGCUGUUUAGUCUGCAGAAAAAUUUCAAUAAGAAUUUAAGCCAAAAGGAUUUGCAGCUAAUAGCAUCAUCUGUUGUCUUGGCGGCUUUGUCUGUUCCACCAUUUGAUCGGGCUCAGAGUGCAUCCCAUAUGGAACUCGAAAAUGAGAAAGAACGUAAUUUGAGGAUGGCCAACCUCAUUGGAUUUAACCUUGAACCUAAAUUUGAGGGCAGAGAUAUGCUAUCCAGGUCAGCUCUUCUGUCAGAGCUGGUUUCAAGAGGUGUUCUGAGCUGUGCAUCUCAGGAGGUGAAAGAUCUUUUUCAUGUUUUGGAGCAUGAAUUUCAUCCACUUGAUCUUGGCUCCAAGAUUCAGCCUUUGCUGGAAAAGAUUUCCAAAUCUGGUGGGAAACUGUCCUCAGCUCCUUCUUUACCCGAAGUGCAACUUUUCCAAUAUGUUCCUUCUCUGGAGAAGCUUUCUACUCUGAGGCUACUUCAACAGGUUUCUAAGAUCUAUCAGACAAUAAGAAUUGAGAGUUUAUCUCAGUUGGUACCCUUCUUUGAAUUCUCAGUGGUAGAGAAGAUAUCUGUUGAUGCUGUGAAGAACAAUUUUGUUGCCAUGAAAGUUGAUCACAUGAAGGGUGUUGUAAUUUUUGGAAAUUUGGGUAUUGAGUCUGAUGGACUGAGGGAUCAUCUGGCUGUCUUUGCUGAGUCUUUGAGCAAAGUAAGAGCCAUGCUGUAUCCUGUCCCAAGUAAAGCAUCAAAAUUAGGUGGCAUACUUCCAAAUUUAGCAGACACUGUUGAGAAAGAACACAAAAGAUUACUUGCUCGGAAAUCAAUCAUUGAAAAGAGGAAGGAGGAUCAAGAACGUCAGCAACUAGAAAUGGAACGUGAAGAGGAGCAGAAACGGCUUAAGCUUCAGAAGCUAACUGAGGAGGCAGAACAAAAGAGACUUGCAGCAGAGCUUGCAGAGAGAAGGAAACAAAGAAUCCUUAGGGAGAUAGAGGAGAAGGAGCUUGAAGAAGCUCAGGCUUUGCUUGAGGACACAGAGAAGCGCAUGAAAAAGGGAAAGAAGAAGCCACUUUUAGAUGGAGAGAAGGUGACAAAGCAAACUGUGAUGGAGAGGGCCUUAACUGAGCAGCUCAAGGAAAGGCAAGAGAUGGAGAAGAAACUCCAAAAACUUGCCAAAACAAUGGAUUAUUUGGAAAGAGCAAAGAGAGAAGAGGCUGCUCCAUUGAUUGAAGCUUCAUAUCAGCGAAGACUGGUAGAGGAAAGAGAAUUUUACGAGCGCGAGCAACAGCGUGAAGUUGAACUCAGUAAAGAGCGUCAUGAGAGUGACUUAAAGGAGAAAAACAGGUUAUCCAGAAUGUUGGAUAAUAAGGAAAUAUUCCAAGCACAAGUGAUAAGUCAUCGACAAGCAGAGUUUGACAGAAUAAGGACUGAGAGAGAGGAGCGCAUCAGUCAAAUAAUUCGAGCCAGGAAGCAAGAAAGGGAUAUUAAGAGGAAGCAGAUAUAUUAUUUGAAAAUUGAAGAAGAAAGAAUUACAAAGCUGCAGGAAGAAGAGGAAGCUCGCAAGCAGGAAGAAGCGGAGAGGCUCAAAAAGGAAGCAGCUGAACGCAAAGCGAAGUUGGAUGAAAUUGCCGAGAAGCAAAAGCAAAGAGAGAGAGAGGUGGAGGAAAAAGCUAGGCUGGGGCGAGAAUCCCUGUUGAAUGCACCUCCUGCUCGCCUUCAAGAGCCUACUGCUGCCCCUGCUGGAACUGCCGCUCCUGCUGGAACUGCCGCUCCUGCUGCUACAGCGCCAGCAUCAGGGUCAGGUCCAUCCAAAUAUGUUCCUAAGUGGAAGCGCCAGACUACUGAAGUCUCAGGCCCAGCAGCAGCAACACCAUCAGAAACUGACCGCUUGUCCAACCGUGGACCACCUGCGGGAGAUGACCACUGGGGAAGCAGUAGAGGUGGACCGCCACAGAAUCCUGAUCGGUGGACUAGUGGCAGGGAUAGAGCUGGACCUCCAGCUGAAGGAGGAGACCGUUGGGGUUCUGGUCCUAGAGGCAGUGACCGCCCAAGUGGUGGUGGUGAUGCUUGGCGCAGCAGUGAUGAACGCCGGUCAACAUUUGGAAGCUCCAGGCCUAGGCCAACACAGCGUUGAGUAAUAAUAUUUUUUUGGUCUCAUGGAAUGAAUGAAAGGUUUAUCUCUGGAUUUCAAACACCACAGCACUCUUCUUUAGCCCAAACCUGUCUUCCUUCUUUUGAAGAUUGCUCAUCUUUUAUAUGUUUUAUGAAAGAUUUUAAAACAUGUUAGACUUGUUUUUGCUCUACACACCCAAGAGAGAGAGUUGUUCUGUCUUCUUUGUUUGUAGCACUCUUCAUUUGCAGUUUCUGCUGUAAAAACCUUUGACAUCAGUCAGCUUCUUUUCAUGCAAUUAUUGUCAUUGUCUAUUA